AUGGUAUCCGUCGAUCCAUCUGCGAUAGACAUGCUAAAGGUCGUUCAGUCACCAUUGAGGAUACUCCCCAAAAAGGAAGUGAACGAAACUCCAAAGGACGUCUCAGAACCUGAGGGUCAAGUAGAGGCAGCGACCACCAAAGCCGAGGAAAAGCCAAAUACCGCGUCUGAGGCAUCCUCCACUAACCCUUCGAUCCGCCCACAACGAAACCCAGAUCCGCGCUCGAGGACUUACCAAAGACAUUUAUUAAGCCCAUACAAGGCCACAGUGCUCAACCAUCGUGGUACAUCGUUCUCGCUCCCUGCCUAUGCUUCUCCGCAUCUCUUCAUCCCAGCGUAUAUCGAACCCGCAUUCAAUACAUGCUCAGCAGUGUACGUUCGCCAUCCGACAGCGCGACCUGGGUAUUCGGAAAUCCCGAGUCCAUUUGGUGCAGACGGAGAGGUCAUGCGGUUUACAUGGGAGUGGUAUAAGCGACACCGGCCAAGGAUGAGAUCGAAGAAGGAUACCUGGAUCAAUCCCAGUGGGGAAAGAGGGAACUGGAAGAUGGUCCAGUAA